AUGGCCGACCAAAAUGCCGCCGCCGCAGUGCAGGCCAAACCCGCCGGCGCUGCGGGCGCUGCGCCUUCAAAGCCCCCUCGGCCGCCGAAUCCAUUCUUCAAGAUGAUGGGACUCCCCACCAUCCGCAUGAAGCUGCCCUCGAGGAACUGGAUGAUAUUCCUCAGCAUCACGGGCUCGUGGACUGCCGCUCUCUUAUACGACCGCAGCCAGAAGAAGCGCAUCCAGAGGAAGUGGACGAAAAUGGUCGAGCACAUCGCAAAGGAAUCCAUGGACGCCUCUUCCCUACCCCGGAAACUUACCGUCUAUAUUUCUGCGCCACCGGCUGAUGGGCUGAUGACUGCGCGCGAUCAUUUCCAGGAAUACGUGAAACCAAUACUGGUGGCCGGAGCCGUGGAUUGGGAUGCGGUCGAGGGGAGGAUGCAAGGCGAUGUCAGGGCUGGAGUGGCGGAGAAGAUAAGGAGGCUGAGGAAGAGGCGGGGAGAGUCGUCAAUAGAGCCGCUAGAGGAUGAUCUCGAGGAGGUGCUGGAGCAAACGCGGAAGAGGUCUGGAGUGAAGCCAUACGAUGGACCGGCCGGUGACAUAGUAAUUGGACGAAAUACGUGGAAAGAGUAUAUCAGGGGACUACACGAGGGGUGGCUAGGGCCUUUGGAUCCGCCUGCUCCUACACUGAAAGAUGCACAGGAAGUUGCUGAGGUUGUGGAGAGCGCUACCAGUCCUCCUGAAGUUCCUCUAGCUCCUGAAAGCCCUCCAGCACCCGAACAACCCUCGUCUUCGGAGUUUGUGGCAGAAACGCCUUCAACGCCAGCAGAUGAUGCCUCACCCACCGCUCCCAUACCGACCACGACUCCAGAACCCGAAAAGCCAGUAGAAGAGAAGCCAGAGGAGAAGAAACCGACGAAAAAGAAGCAACCACCCCCAUUCAACACCACCGCCGACUACUCAUCCGCCGUCCCAUCUCCAAUCUGCCCAUCAGAGCUCCCGCCCACGACUAUAAUACAGUUCCCGCAUCUUCUUGGCAUCCGACACACUCCCGUCCGCAUGUACCGCUUCCUUACCCGACGAUACCUAGCCGACGAUAUUGGCCGGCAGACCGCGGCCGCUGUUCUCGCUACAUACAGGCCAUUCGAAGCGCCCGGAGAGUCACAUCAUCUAGCCGAGGGUAGUACAGCUUCGAAUGAGAGUGACGAUGCUGGUAGUUCGCAAUGGGAACAGCGGGGACUACUGAAGCACGAGGAGAAGGAGUGGCACAAGUCUGUCCACGAACCCAGUGAAGAGGGGAAGGAGAGGGUGUGGAUGAACGACAUGGUGCUAGAUACCCGGAUCGCAGAGCGCAUGCGGAAGUUUGAGCUGGACAUGGAGCAGGAGGAAAGAGCUAAGAGGAUCGCGGCUGAAAAGGUAGAGCCGUGGUGGAAGAGCGCGUGGAGUAAGAUGAGAGAGAAGGACGAGGAUGUGGAUUGAGAUACUAGUGCAUCGCAUUUUUGAGCAUUGCGCAUCUAGGGUGUAGGAUAUGGUCUGUAAUAUAUUGGUCCUAGGUACUGGGCCGGAUGUGCUAGGCAGGCACUGUUGUAUUAUAUACAGUGCUAGGACAACACUUUACUAACACUGUGCCUCGCCCUCAAUAAGUCUAUACGCUGUCUUGCCUCCGUCAGUGGC